UAUCUGACCUGCGCUAUUCUGAUUCUAUUUUAUUUUGUUAGCCUAACCGGAUGAGAUGCACUGCCGGAGCAGGAAGCCCAGGUCAUAUCUACUGAACUCCUACAGUGAUCUCCAGGAGAUGGAUGAAAUUGCCAGAGAGUCAUAUGAAGCCACCUGGUUAGAUCUGCUGAUGGAGACGAGACCAGAAUACAAGAUGAUUCGCUCGGAGAAAGACUCUGUGAGAAAGGAGAGCUAUGAAAGCAAACAGGUGGUUCAUUUCACAGUGCGAAGAUUCCCAAACCAGACUCUGUGCAUGGGUAGAGAGGGGGAGCCCAUGCAGGAAUAUCACUUACCUUACAAAAAGAUCCUCCCGAUAGCAAUGUUUGUGCCGAGGGAUGUCACGAGGCCUGAUGUGACCCGAUCUCCCUCUGCAGUGGACUCUAAGACCAGUUCAAAUGGAAUUUGGCCUCAGAAGAGAGAGCUUUCAUCCAUCACCGAACAUAAGCCGAUGGUAAUACAAGCUAGGAGUCAGGACUUUAGAGCAUCCAGCCUCAUAUCUCCACCACGAGAGUCACAUCGUUCCCAGCGACGGGAAUGAUGAGGAGAUGAAAGCUGGUUAAUGGUGUGCUGGGUGAACUCAGUCCUAUUUCUGAAGACUUAAUCACAGCACAUUACAGGGUGUAUUUAUUUACAAAUGACAUGACUUGAGAAAUCUUAUGGAAAGAAAAUGCGGCAGUCGCUAAAGCAUUUGGAGACAUUGAUAAAGAUAUACAUUUUUUGUGUUAUAGGUAUCAAAAGUGGCAUAUGCAAAUUAUUUCUAAGAAUAAACUUUUCUGCAAUCUCUGCAAUAACCUUUAACCAAAUGGUCUUAAAUUUUGUCUACAAAGUCAGGUCAUGUGGGUUACUCACUUACCGUCCAUGCCAUUUGGUUUCAUUUAUCUAUUGGCAAUUAUGAGUAUCAAUCUUUUACACAUUGUUUCUUAAAUGCAAG